AUGGUCGUCCUUGCGGCUUCGAUUUGCACCCGCGGAGGGAAAGCUGUCCUCUCGAGACAGUUCCGAGAGAUGCCACGAUCACGCAUAGAAGCCCUCCUUGCCUCAUUCCCCAAACUCGCCGACAGCGGUACACAGCACACGAUCGUCGAACAAGACAAUGUCCGAUUUGUUUAUCAACCCCUCGACGAACUUUACAUGGUUCUCAUUACCAACCGCCAGUCGAAUAUUCUGCAGGACAUCGACUCUUUGCACUUGUUUGCACAGGUGGUCACUAGCACCUGCAAGAGCCUGGACGAGCGCGAGAUCGUUAAGAACGCCUACGAGCUGCUCAGUGCUUUUGACGAGCUCGUCACCCUCGGUUACCGCGAGAAUUUGACCAUUAGCCAAAUCAAGACAUUCCUUGACAUGGAGAGUCAUGAGGAGCGCAUCCAGGAGAUCAUCGCAAGAAACAAAGAAUUGGAGGCCACCGAGGAGCGAAAACGAAAAGCGAAGCAGCUUGAGAUGCAGCGCAAGGAUGCAGCUCGCAGUGGUCGUCCUGGUGGUAUGGGUGGUAUGGGCAGUAGUGGCGGCAUGCCUCGAAGCCCCUCUUAUCCCUCAUACAAUCCUCCCUCGCAAUCGAAUACCAGCACAUACGACUCGUACGAGGCUGAGAAGAACAAGUCUUUCGGCAAACCCUUGGCUCCCAAAGCCAAAGGUAUGCAGUUGGGCAAGAAGUCUAAGACGACCGAUAUGUUUGAGCGAGUAAGGGGUGACAUGGGCAGCGAAAUCGACAACUCACCUCUUGUUACGCCCGCGCCUGCACAGCAAGCUGAAACACCAGAGCCUCGCAUCUCGUCGACCCUUGAUCGCGAUGCCAUUCACGUCACCAUUUCAGAGGCUAUUUCAGCCAAGCUUUCUCGAGAGGGUGCUGUCAACUCUCUAGCUAUCAGCGGUGAUCUUGUUCUCAGAAUUUCAGACCCCAGCCUUACGAAGAUCAAGCUUGGUCUCCAGGCCGUUCCAUCUCACGGAGUCCAAUUCCGUACUCAUCCCAACGUUGACCGAAAUCUCUUCAACGGCUCAAAGAUCAUUCAGAUGAGCAACAUUGCUCGAGGAUUCCCAGUCAACAAUGCCGUCGGUGUUCUACGAUGGAGAGCCUCCCCCAAGGUUGACGACCCCAGCGCGUGCCCGAUCACAUUCACAGUCUGGAUUAACAAGGAUGCGGACAAGUACAACAUUACAGUUGAGUACGAGUUGACAGGUGGCGAUGCUUUAAAUGAUGUCAGUGUCGUUGUUCCUUACGCGGGCAGCGAGCCUGUUGUUUCUAGCUUCGAUGCUACCUAUGAUGUUUCUGGAGACGCGAUCGAGUGGUCUAUUGGUAACGUGGAUGAGGAGAACCCUAAUGGCUCCUUCGAAUUCGAGGCUGAGUCUGGCGACGAGAAUGAUUUCUUCCCGAUGACUGUCCGCUUCAACAAGAGCACGCCAUACAUCGAUGUCGACGUCAACACCGCGUCUCUUCUGGAGGAGGAGGAGGAGGUGACAUUCUCCAAGGAGAUCAGGUCUCAUGCAGACAAUUUCUUGGUAGAAUAG